AUGCCAGCAUAUCAUUCUUCGUACAAUGACGAACUGAACGUCCGGCAGGUGGCUGGUGCCGCCAUUCUCCCGCUGAAUUCAAAAAUCCGUGGUCCUGCUCCCUUACCAGCGGACCCAUCGCGGCCUGACAUUGUGGACGAGGCUAUCGACUUGUUCCGCGCAAACUCACUGUUUCGUAACUUUGAGAUCAAAGGGGCCGCAGAUCGUACUUUGAUCUAUCUAAUUCUGUUCAUUUCUGACUGCCUUUCGCGCAUAGCAGCAGCGCCAACGACGUGGACGAAAAAUGAAGCAUACAAGCACUUGUCGUCGUAUGCCGUGGACGCAUUCGCGCUCCCGGGAGAUGCGCAGUUCCCACUGAGCACACUUUAUUCGCUCCCAAAUAGUCGUGCAGAUGCAGACGCCCUUCGUCAAUACCUCACUCAAGCUCGUCAGGAGACGGUAUCUCGUUUGCUCGACAAAAUCUACGUCGACGACGUUCCCAGUCGAUGGUGGCUCGCAUUUAGCAAGCGGAAAUUCAUGGGCAAGAGCCUCUCGUAG